CACACAGCCGGAGCCUUACAGAGGGAUGUGGUUCUCACUGCUGAUCACAAUGUACCUGGCUUUUAAAGCCUCAGCUUCACAGAUUAUUGGUCAUGGAAACACAUCGGCUGACUACGGCGGGGAGGCGCACUACACGUGUAAACUGGAUGAUCUUAAAGAUGUACUCCAAGUCACGUGGCAGCGGCUCUAUGCAGACAACUCUAUAGAGAAUUUGGCGACCUACAGUAAGCGUUUUGGGGAGCAGGUGAACAACCCGUACAAGGGCAAAAUCCUGUUCACACAGGCGUCUCUCCGCUCCUCGUCUAUAACUGUGGCGAAUCUGACGUGGGCGGACGAAAGCUGCUACGUGUGCUUAUUUAACGCCUAUCCCAGCGGCUCCAAACUGCACCAAACUUGUCUUAAAGUGCAAGGUGUAUCUGACGUCAAAACGCAGGUGCAUGAGCUCAGUGGUGAAUCUGAAAACAAAGAUUCACACGUGGUAUUUAGCUGCUCUGCCACUGGUAAACCAGCUCCCAAAAUCCAGUGGGAAUAUUCACAAGAUGUAACUGUUGUAGCGAAAUCCCAAACGUUAGUACUGACCAAUGAUGACCAGUCACUCACCAGCAGCAGGAACCUGACUCUGCAGCUGUAUCCGGACUGGAGCGGAGAUGUUCACUGUCUCAUCAAUCCUGGAACAAGAGGAGAACGCAAACAGAGCAUUACAUAUACAAGAAUUAAGAACAUCACAAAGAAUGAUGGAAGGAGAUCUUACAUCAUUCUCAUCGUUUGUCUGGUUAUUCUCCCUGUUCUCUCUAUUGUUGUGUUGAUUUUUCUUCUGUUAAAAAGAAACGGCGCAAACAUGGAUCUACGCGUUUGGUCGUCCGGCUUAUUUAUUUUAAUGUCUGCUGUUUUUCUAGAAGGUUUAAAGACAGAAGUGAAAGUCCAUGUGGACUUGGUAGUAAAGGCAGGAGAGGAGGCACAAAUCCCGUGUCCUCUCCAACACUCCCCUGACGUCCUGCAGGUCCUGUGGAUAAAGAUUCUCCCUGAAGGGGAGGUCAUUGUGGGCUCCUGUGUCAAGUCUCGGCACAGCAAACGCAACUCCAAAUUCUCCAGGAGGCUCAGUAUCAGAGGAGCAGAGGUCCAGGACUGCACUUUGGUCGUCCAGAGUGUCUCAGCAGAGGACGUGGGCUCAUACAAAUGUCUGUUCAUCACCUCCUCUGAUGUGGCGUACGCAGGACAAAUCCACCUUCAGACGUACGAGCUACACGGGCCCAUCUUGAAUGUGACGAGAUCCCAUUCCACAGGAGAGCAUGAGGUGUCCUGCUCUGCCACUGGACGUCCUGCUCCUAACAUCUCCUUACGUUCCAAACACAGACACUGGACAAACAGCAGCUCCGUUACAAAUUCCAAUGGAACAGUGACAGUGGUCUCCACAGCCAGACUGUCCCACUCCACACAAACAGAACAGUUUCACUGCUCCGUCACGACUCCAUAUGAGAAGAAUCACGUCAAUAUAACUGUCCCAGACCUAGAAGUUCCAGUCUCUACUGAACUAAAGGUAGAAGGAGCUGUUGAAUAUCUGCAUUCCCAAGUAUUAAGUGACGUGUGUGUUGGGAUCUCAGUCUUGUUUGUUGUUCUGGUCUGUGUAUGUGGUGGUGUUUUUGUUGCACUGAUCAUCAAGAACAAACAGCAGAAGAAGAGUGUCCCAAGAGACGACAAGAACAUGGAGACUGGAGAUGAAAGAACAGCACAGAAGAGUGACAUAAACAAUGGGUCCUUACGUAAGCGUACCCCAGAGAAAAAUGAGCCUUCUACACCGCAAAACUCAUCAAGAAAACUUGAUUUUGAGGGGAACAUAAUCACUACCAAUAGUUUGAACUGAUUUGUAAUUUACA